CUCUCUCUCUCUCGGACACACGCGCGCACACACACACACACACACACACACACACACACACACACACACACACACACACACACACACAUACACACACACACACACACACACACACACACACACACGGAGCAUCAUUUGGCUUUGAAAUCCUGUGAUACGGAGAGAGCUCAGCGUUAAAGUGAGUCAUUUGAAAAUAUACCUUUCAUUCACAGCUGGCAUCGGGCUCCAUAUCUGGUAUUUCGCACCACAACCAUUUAACCAUGAACCAAAGUGCAGGAGCAGCGCAGCACAGUCGGAGAUACUCCAGUGAUGAUAAGGACACUGGGCCUAUUGUAACAGAUAGGAACUGGAAGGGCAUCGGUAUCUCCCUCCUUGUCAUUCUGGUGGUGCUUUCACUUAUUGGACUCUCAAUUGUUCUGCUAUCAAAAGAUGACCGUGGACAUUUUGGGGGAUCACAAUUGACACUGGAUGAUAUCUUCCAACGGAAUUUCCAAAUACAUGAUCCAGAUGCAAAGUGGAUCAGUGAAAAAGAUAUCGUCUUUCUCAACUGGGAUGGAGACUUGCUGAAAAUCAACACAGAGAGCAACCAAACGGAGCUCUUGCUGAAAAACACCACUUUUUCUACCUUUAAAGCCUCAAAGUUUGCAGUUUCUCCUGAUCUGAACUUUAUUCUUCUGGGAUAUGAUGUCAAGCAGGUUUAUCAACAUUCUUUCAUGGCGUCAUAUCUAAUCUACAACCUGUAUACAAGAGAAGUGAUGGAGCUCAAUCCUCCAGAAGUUUCAAAUUCAGUCCUCCAGUUUGCUUCAUGGGGAGUUGGUGGUCAGCAGUUGAUAUACAUAUUUGAAAACAACAUUUACUACCAAUCCAAUGUUCAGAGCAGCUCAUGGAGACUCACAUCAUCUGGACAGGAGGCCAUCAUCUUCAAUGGCAUUGCAGACUGGCUGUACGAAGAGGAGGUUUUGCAUACUCAAGCAGCUCACUGGUGGUCGCCUGAUGGCUCAAGACUUGCUUACCUGACCAUUGAUGACUCCCUUGUCCCAAACAUGCUCUUGCCGUCUUACAUGGGUUCGAUUUACCCAAAGGGGAAAGAGUACCCAUACCCAAAGAUGGGUCAAAUCAAUCCCACUGUAAGCCUAUAUGUUGUCCUUCUUGAUGGCAGCUCCCAAACAACUCAACUGUUACCUCCAGACAGUCUUGUGAAAAGUCAAUUUUACAUCACCAUGGUGAAAUGGGUGACAGUGGACACGUUGGCUGUGCGCUGGGUAAAUCGGGCACAAAACAUGUCCAUUUUUACGCUCUGCGACAUACAUACAACUAAAUGCACAAAGAGACAUGUGCUGAUUUCAGAGAAGUGGAUCAGUCGACAGAAUGAAGAGCCAAUGUUUUCCAAAGACUGUACAAUAUUCUUCACGACAUUGCCGCUACAACACAUUGUACUUGGAGCAUUCCGCCACGUGACCAUGAUCUCCAACCAAGGAGAUGACGUCAAACUUCUUCCCUUGACCUCUGGGAGCUGGGAGGUCUCUCAAAUUCUGGGCUAUGAUGAGAGCACCAAAUCUGUUUAUUUCCUAAGUAAAGAGACCGGCACAGCACAACAACAGUUAUACAGGGUCUUCGCCGUGGAGCCGUUCCAUAAAGAAUGCCUCACUUGUGACCUCUUCAAGUCACAAUGCACUUACUAUGAUGCAGUGCUCAGCACAAACUAUCAGCAUGUUCUUCUCAAAUGUAGAGGCCCUGGAAUACCCCAAACGACGCUACACAGAUUAAAUAAAAUGAAAGACUACACGACUCUGGAGAAGAACAUGGUACUCCAACAUUCUCUGGCCAACCGAAAAUUACCAAAGCGAGAAAGACGCACUGUAGAAAUCGACCAUGUUGCUCUUCAUGUGGAGUUAACCGUCCCUAACGAUUUUGAUGAAACAUAUGAGCAUCCACUUCUCAUUAUUCUCCGCAGCACCCCCGGUGGUCAGACUGUGAGUGACCGCUUCAGCAUGAAUUGGGAUUCAGUGCUUGUCAGUUCAGAAAACAUCAUCGUGGCUCGUGUGGACGGUCGAGGCAGCAGCUUCCAGGGGCAGAGGGUCCUGCAUGAAGUCCACCAGCGACUGGGCACUACUGAUGUCGCAGAUCACAUCGCAAUUUUAGAACACCUCAUCAAGCUCCCAUAUAUUGAUGGGAAUAAAGUUGCAGUUUAUGGAAAGGCAUAUGGGGGCUUUCUUACGUCAAUCCUAUUACUCUCCGACAGCUCAACUUUCAGCUGCGGCAUAGCAGUCGCUCCGAUCGCAAACUGGAGAUUUUAUGGCUCAGCUCUCACUGAGAAAUAUUUUGGAUUUCCGCCUAAAGAUCUCAAGUACCAGAUUUCAAGUCUACUUGGUAACAUCACAGGACCGGGUCAAUUUAAAUUUCUUCUUAUCCAUGGCACAGCAGAUGCUUCUGUUCAUUUCCAGCACUCUGCCGAGUUGAUCAAACUUCUGUCUGCAUUUAAUAUUAACUACACUCUUCAGAUCUUUCCAGAUGAAGGACACAAUCUUGCGUCUGUCAAGAGCCAGCGCUAUAUGCUCAACUCGGUGGUUACCUUUUUGAAAAACUGCUUUGAGGAGAAACCGGUUGUGGACCAGAAGAAAUGGAAAGAUGCUGACUAAGAUGGAGAUCGACCGGUGGGCAAAGUUUUCUCCGGCUCCAACAAAUUAGCACCUGCUAGCAUGAGCCAACACUUUUGCACUCAGUCCUGAAGCGCUGCUAUCUUCCGAAGCAAGAAUUUGUGAAACAUUCUGCUAAAUAGAACCCAGCCCUAUUUUUUGCUUGACGCAUGACCGUUUCAUCUCACUAUGAGUUUGUCCCCGAUGUUUUGUCAAAUUAACCUGGUUGUUUGUCAUGAUAUUGUGUUUGUGUAAAGGACCCACUGAAAAGAAAUGGCACUCAUAACGAGAAAGAAGUUCCUCAAACGUACGACUAGAAUGAAAUGGUAACACUACAAGAAUCAAGUCAUCUUACAAGUCACAUGAAAUGUAUCGAGACUAAAAGCUUGAUAUGACAGGUUGUAAAAAGGUUUUCAAUUGAAUGAAGCAUCAACAUUUCUGACAGUAUUUCAAAAAUGUGACAAACGACUGUUGACACCUCCAAUGUUGAAAAUCAUAUUAAAAAUUGUGUGAUUUGAUGACUUUUAAAGACUUUUCAGGCACUAAUUUCUUUUCUUCUCAGAGGUGGUGUGCACAACCAAUAAGCAUGUUAAAAUUCAUGACUGGUAUGUAGGAUUCAUGUUAUGAUUUCAAAGGAUUCUCAAUUUCUAUUGUUUUUUUUUUUUGGGGGGGGGGGUGGUGUCCAAACUACCGUAUUUAACUACUUUAUUUUUUGCAACUCACAGCAAAGACUGAACUAAUAUUUGACGUGGCCUGUGACUGCAUUGUAUUCCAGUACUUCUAUAUUGAGUGGCAAGGCAGGCACGAAGUUUGUUCCUGUAGUGUUAUCAAAUCCAAUCAAUCAAUCCAAUUUUUUUUCAGCAUGAAAAAAAAAAGGAAUUGAGAGAUCAGAGUCAUCAAUGGUGACUCCGGCUGGCAUUGCCAAAAUCAUGAAUGUUUUGCUUUAUUACUUUGUUGCCCCCUGCCAACUGCAUAAUAUGUAAAAAAUAAAUAAAUAACGGCUUCACAUAUCUUUUACCUACACAUUGAUGAGUUGUUUUAUUGUUAAAUGAAAGCUGGCAAACCAGCCCUUGCCUCCUUUGAUUGUUUUUUGCAUAUGUGGCCCCUCAAAGUCUCAACACCACCGGUUUAAAUGGAGAUACUAACUAGUUAUUUUUGGAUAAGAUCAUCUGAACAUGUCUCCAAAUGGAAUUCGAUUGAUUUUUUUUUUUACUUUACUAUGAAUGUUUUUUUUCAUGCAGUGCAUUCUGUAGAGCAGGGGUACCCAACCGUUUUUGACGGAAAAUCUAUUUUUUGGUCAACCAACCUACCGUGAUCGACCUGCGCAUACACAACAUACAGACGUCUGAUGCGGAGGCAUGGGAGGCACUUUUGCAGCGUAGCUCACGUGUACUGUUUUAAAAAUGCCCUCCAGAUUCUCUUUUUCAAUGCCCCGGGUGAAUUGUACAUGAAAAGACUGUUUUUAAAAAAAAUCGUUUUGUUU